GGCCAUGUGAUCCGUGUCAUAUGAUUGAGAGGGAAUAGGUGCUCUACCUCUUCUUGUCUAUUCAGUAUCGCUCGAUAGUGGGUGGUUGUGUACGAUUUGUUUCAAUUUGAAUUAACGAUGAAGAGCAGUAUGAGAAAGAAUUCUCAAUUUUUUCUCGCUCUGAUCGUUCUCUGUCAAUUUACGCUUUUACACGCCGGCCCAUCCGUGCCUGUCGUAAUUUGGUGUCCAAACAACCAGUCUGACAUUGUCAAUCCGACGCAGCUCAAUGUAGCAUCAGAUCCACUGCAGAAAUUAUCGUCGGAGGAUUUUGAAAGAACUCUGGAUCAAUUAGGCAAAAAUAUUGACUUGCUCAUCGUCGUCGAUGAACUAUGUGUUGAAGAUUUCAAGAACAAUAAGGUAUUGUCAAAUGCUAUCAAUGGCUCUAAGCUGUAUUAUCUUCCCUGCGUUGAUACACCAUACUCUAUCUUCCGCAAAACCAUCACCUAUAAACAGAUGAAGAUGAUAGAGGACAUAAAUGAUGAUCAUGAAUUGAACAUGGUUUUAAAAGAUAUUGAUUCAAAUACAUGUGUAGCACUUACAGGAAAGGAGUGUCGGUACAGUCACAAUGAUCGUAUAAAACGAGAUGUCCCUGCUGAUAAAAAAAAUUAUACAGAUUUUAGAUUAAAAACAGAUAGAGUCCUGCUAUAUUCCAGUAAAGCUCUAUUAUUCAAGGUCAAAAAGUCAGAAAAUGAAACAUUACUUCAUUCUUCCAAUGUUACAACAGCAUCAACUCGUACAGAUGAACUUGGUACGGUGAUUUUGACCAUGAAAUUUUCUGAUACUGCUAUUGGCGACCUGACACUCGAGUUUUUCUUCCCAGUUGAAACCAUUGGCUAUUAUACACUGAAGAAAGUUAAUUUUAAGACGAACGAUAUAAGCGAUUCAUUAGAGACCAAACUAGAUAUUUACUUUCCCUAUAAUUUUUCUUAUCAUUGUUCCCAAAAUGUCGUUUUUCUCAAUGAUACGAUAUAUUUAAAUAUCACGGAUAUGCAAGUUCAAAUUGAUUCAAGGAACGCGAUGUUUAGCGACGCUUACGACUGUGUUGGUUUCACUAGUAUUCCGAUCUGGACGGGAAUUUUUGUGACCGCGAUAUUAGCUUCAAUUAUGACUUGGGCGCUCACAAUGAUAAUGGAUAUUCGUACCAUGGACAGAUUCGAUGAUCCUAAGGGAAAAACUAUCACGAUCUCUGCCGCAGAUUAGGAGAGGGAGAGAUAUAAAAAUAAUAUCUUCAUAUUAAAAUUAUAUUGUAUUAAUGUAUUUAUAUUAAAGCUCAGAUUUCUCGGGCAGCUAUAUCAAUUUUAUGACGUCAUAGAUGAGAAAUGACAUGUAGUAAGUUUUUUGUGGCAUAUGACUUUAUUUUUAGUUUGCUUAAAAAAAUAUAAUAGUUUCGUAAUCCUGAAGCCUGGAAAAUAUGUGACAAACUGAGAUGAUUGCUCGAUAUAUCACGUAAAAUUGCAAAAUAAUUUUUAAAAUAACGGGUCAUUUUUCAGCCGUCUUAGCUGUCACGAUUGCCUGAGUAUGAUUGAAAAAUAACACGUUAUUUCAGGAAUUACUUUGCAAUUCUACAUAACAUAAUUGACGGACAUCUCAGUUUGCGGCAUAUGUUUCAGGAUUACAAAACUAUUAUGUUUUUCAAGGGAAACAAAAAGAUAAAGUUAUAUGCCGCAAAAAAAACUUAUUACAUAUUUCUCGCCUAUGAUAUCCUGAACCAACGCGACUGCCGAGAGAUAGCUAAGCUUUAAUAUGUAUUGUAUGAAAUCUAUAUCGUUGCAGGAAAAACAUUUCCAUAUCUCAUGCCGACAAUUUACAAAAAUUAUUUAGAUUAAGUUUGAUUUCGACUCAAUAUUAGUAUCCUCGGUUUACAGAAAGAAGAAAAAAUAGGAAUAGUAUUAAUUAAUGAUAAAAUGCUAGUCUCACCGACGCGCAAAAUAUCAAUAUGAACGUCUUACUCCAAUGUGUAAAUAUCCAUACGCAUUCCGUUGUAUUUAUCUUAACGUUAAUAUAUGUAGGAUGUCUCAUAAUGACCAUCUAAACUUUCUAUUAUCUUACUAACAACUAUCGACUAAUAUCUAUGGUGUUUUGAACCAAAUGAAACAACUUCUUGUAAAAGUUCAGAUAUCACAGUUCUUCAAUCGUUUAAUUUUUUAAUGAAUAAGAUUUGACCAAUGAAAGAUUUGUACACUGAAUUUACUGACAUACUACUUCAACAUGUACAGUCGCAGGACGGUUACAACAAUUUUUUUUUUACAUGUUUCAAAACAUAAAAAUGACGACAAAGCAAAUUAUGGUAGUGGAUGGUCAGAUAGCUGUCAAAAUUAUAUAUGUAUAUGUAAUUUUGACAUAUAUAAUUUUGGCAACUGUUUGACCAUCUAUUGCACAUGUUCGUGAAUCAUAUAGUCUGUUCUUUUUAGACAAACUGACUGCAUUGAUUAAGAAAUUUACAUAUAUAUUGAAACAUAUAAAGUGCGUGUAUGAAAUUCUCAUGCUUCAGUAUGCAUACAUUUCUUCAACUAGUGCAGCCAGUUCAGCUAAAAAUAACAGUUCAAUAGAUUUAUUUCGUUAUAUCUUUUGUGUAUUUCGAACGUAAAACACGUAAGAAAAACUGUUACAAUCGUCUUGUGAUUAUACGCUACACUGUUUCUCCCAUUGAUCGAAUCUUGAUCGCUAGAAAAUUAAAUAGUUAAAAAAUUAUAUAAUGUUUAAAUUUUCUGCAAAUGAGAAAAGUUUCUCCAUUUUAUUCCUGAAACAUUGGUUAUAAUUUUAAGCGAUUGUUGAAAUAUCCUAUGUAUAUAUAUUAUGUUUGUUAUUAUGCAUUUGCUGUUAAUUUUCAUAACGAGUUGUAUAAUUGUAGAGUUUAACUCAUAUAUGUAAAAAAGAUUUCAUGAAUGAAUGAAGGUAGC